CUCGCUCAACCCGCCAAAGCAGAGCAGACGGAGGGAGAACGACUGACUGCCAGUCAACACCAACACCCACACUCAUGGCCAACUUGUAAAUAAAUAGUGUUGGAAUUGUUUGACGACUGUUUCUAUAGCUCAAAGAAUCUCAUUACAAUGCGGUCAACCAGAAGUGCCACGAGGAGGCAGAACGAAGCCCCCACAACAGUUCCCACAACCACACCUCCAAAGCGUUCAAGAACAGUAAAAAUUCCAAAAAUAGUUGAUCCACCUGCUCCAAAUACAUCAAAAAAUCAGAAAACAACUGAUCCACCUGCUCCAAAGACAGCAAAAACUCAGAAAACAGUUGAUCCUCCUGCUCCGAAGACGGCAAAAAUUCAGAAAACAACUGAUCCUCCUGCUCCGAAGACGGCAAAAAUUCAGAAAACAACUGAUCCUCCUGCUCCGAAGACGGCAAAAAUUCAGAAAACAACUGAUCCUCCUGCUCCGAAGACGGCAAAAAUUCAGAAAACAUUUGAUCUACCUGCAAAAGUUCCGGCCGCAAAUUCCAGUCACUUGACGCCCGUAAAUGCAAAGAGGAAGAAUAAAGUUGAUAGCAUUUCUAAAGGUAUGAGUUUCACUGAUCGCUUAAAUUGGAAAAGCCGAUGUUUUGGAGUGCCUGUCACAUCAACUCCGAAACCUGCGAAGCAUACAAUUACCGUCACCAAAGAAGAUAUUGAUACAUGUUUCGGAUUUGAGGACUCUGAUAACGAAAAUUACGACGCUUUGAUCUCACCCAUAGCAGAGGAACGCUUGUACAUUAAGGGAGAUGAAGGACAUGAUGACUUUAACGCUUUGCUAGCUCGAUAUAAACCAGAAGCAGACGACGAUUUGGAAAUUCACUUUAACCCAAGCGCAAGACCGAAAACAUACAGCAACAGACAAAAAGCGCAAGACAUUCAUCCAGAACCACUUGUUCGUCAAAGAUCAAAUGCAGAAGGUCAUCAGAAGAGUUCCAGGAAGACUAAGCUCGACAAACAUGAUAUGAAUUCUGAAGCCCAAAAAUGGAUGGAUCAACAAAACAAAGAAUUUGAUGAUGUUCUUCACGUUCCUUUGAUCGUCACAAAGAGAACAUAAAAAAAUGACAAGUCUCUCCACGUGCACAGUAAUAAUAAUAAUUAAGUGAGAAGUUUAUAUUUGUAGCCCUUGAGCUAAACUCAACUGGCUGACUACAUAAUAAAAA